AUGACGAUUACGACAAUACAAUCCACGCCAGGAAGCUCAGGGUAUUUGGAUUUGUAUCCUGAAAGGAAAAUGUCCUUUUUUAAGAAUCCUUAUAUCCUCGGACUCGCUGCUGUCGCUGGCAUUGGUGGCAUGCUUUUUGGCUACGACACUGGUGUCAUAUCAGGAGCCCUUCUAUAUAUUAAAGAUGAUUUUGAGGCAGUUAGACAAAGUAAUUUUCUACAGGAAACAAUAGUGAGCAUGGCAAUUGCUGGUGCAAUUAUUGGAGCAGCUGCAGGUGGUUGGGUUAAUGAUGCUUAUGGACGAAAGAUGGCCACUCUUAUUGCUGAUGUUAUCUUUAUUUUUGGAGCAAUUGGAAUGGCUGCAGCACCAGAUCCUUAUGUUCUCAUAUUGGGACGUCUUCUUGUUGGUGUGGGUGUUGGCAUUGCUUCUGUCACCGCUCCUGUCUAUAUUGCCGAAGCAUCACCUUCUGAAAUUAGGGGUUCAUUAGUAAGCACUAAUGUCCUCAUGAUAACUGGUGGACAGUUUCUUUCCUACAUCGUUAACCUUGCUUUUACACAGGUCCCCGGGACGUGGCGAUGGAUGCUGGGAGUUUCAGCUGUGCCAGCAGUUGUUCAGUUUAUUCUCAUGCUCUUCCUUCCAGAAUCCCCAAGAUGGCUCUUUAUAAAGAAUAGGAAAAAUGAAGCUGUUGAUGUGCUUUCAAAGAUCUAUGACGUUGCAAGGUUAGAGGACGAAGUUGAUUUUCUAACAGCUCAGUCAGAGCAAGACCGACAAAAAAGGACCAAUAUCGGAUUCGGACAAGUUUUUAAAUCAAAAGAAAUCAGACUCGCAUUCCUUAUUGGAGCUGGACUUCAGGCUUUUCAGCAGUUUACAGGUAUAAACACAGUGAUGUACUACAGCCCAACGAUUGUUCAAAUGGCUGGUUUCCAAUCUAAUGAGUUGGCUCUUAUGCUGUCACUCAUAGUUGCUGGCAUGAAUGCUGCUGGAACAGUUCUUGGCAUUUACCUAAUUGACCAUGCAGGCAGAAAAUUUUUGGCUCUUUCUAGCCUAGCAGGAGUAUUUGCAUCUUUGAUCCUCUUGUCCGUGGCAUUUUUAAAUCACUCACCCUCUGAUCAAUUGUAUGGAUGGCUUGCAAUUUUGGGUUUAGUCCUUUAUAUUGCAUUUUUCUCACCUGGGAUGGGACCUGUGCCGUGGACUGUGAACUCAGAGAUAUAUCCUGAAGAAUAUAGAGGAAUAUGUGGGGGUAUGUCAGCUACUGUUUGCUGGGUUUCAAAUUUGAUUGUGUCUCAGAGCUUUCUUUCAAUAGCUGAAGCUAUAGGGACUGGUUCUACCUUCUUGAUUCUUGCUGGUAUAUCCGUGCUUGCCUUUCUGUUUGUGCUUGUGUAUGUUCCUGAGACCAAAGGAUUGACCUUUGAUGAAGUUGAACUAAUAUGGAAGGAGAGAGCUAGGGGCAAGAACCCUGACGCACGGAACCUUCUUGGAGGAGAAUAA